GAGGGCACUCCUGCUUUCUGGACUGGUCUGUUAACCUUUGGAGAUUUUGCUGGAGAGUUUCAGCCAUAGCAUAAUAAAACUGGAUGCCUCAGGAACAGUAUACUCACAACAGGAACAAUAUGCAGAGCUCUGAAGGACCACAGGUAUACAAAGUAGGGAUUUAUGGCUGGAGGAAGAGAUGCCUCUAUUUCUUUGUUCUUCUCCUAAUGAUUUUAAUCCUGGUGAACUUGGCUAUGACCAUCUGGAUUCUCAAGGUCAUGAACUUCACAAUUGAUGGAAUGGGAAACUUGAGAAUCACAGAAAAAGGUCUAAGGUUAGAAGGAGACUCAGAAUUCUUGCAACCUCUCUACGCCAAAGAAAUCCAGUCCAGACCAGGCAAUCCACUGUACUUCAAAUCUGCCAGAAAUGUUACAGUGAACAUACUCAAUGACCAGACUAAAGUUCUUACUCAGCUUAUCACAGGUCCCAAAGCAGUAGAAGCUUAUGGAAAAAAAUUUGAGGUGAAAACCGUCGAUGGAAAAUUGUUGUUUUCUGCAGAUGACAAUGAAGUGGUGGUUGGAGCUGAAAGAUUAAGAGUCUUAGGAGCAGAAGGCACAGUGUUCCCUAAAUCUAUAGAAACACCUAAUGUGAGGGCAGAACCCUUCAAGGAACUGAGACUCGAGUCUCCUACUCGUUCCUUAGUGAUGGAAGCCCCUAGAGGAGUUGAAAUCAAUGCUGAAGCUGGCAAUAUGGAAGCCACAUGUAGGACAGAGCUCAGGCUGGAAUCCAAAGAUGGAGAGAUCCAGUUAGAUGCUGCCAAAAUCAAACUACCUAGACUGCCUCGAGGAUCUUAUUCCCCUACAGGAACCCGGCAAAAAGUAUUUGAGAUCUGUGUCUGUUCCAACGGAAGACUCUUCCUGUCUCAGGCAGGAAGUGGUUCUACCUGUCAGAUCAACACCAGCGUCUGCCUCUGAGAAAGACUGAGUGUCACGGACAGUGGAGGAUGGAACUGGGGCUGGUUUUUGGUCUCAAUGAACACUUGCUGUGGACUCUUUU